GUCAAAAUUAAAAAAAACUUUUUAAUUUAUGAAAAAAUUUAAAGCCUACAAAAAUUAAAUGCAUAAAUGUCUUGUAAUUUUGCGUGCCGAGUUCAUGAAAAAGUAAAAAUAAUUCAUACAAAGUAAUUUAUUAUUAUAAAUGUGUGGUGCAACUAUGAGUAAAUAGUUAUUUUUGACAAUAAAGCUUGUUUGUUUUGUUGGUAAAAAAGUUUUUCAACUUAGUGCCUGGUGGCCUUCAGAAAGUUAUUUAUUACUUAACACACGAGUUACGAGUACGACGCGUGUAGAAUUCAUUUAUAAUACGAUCCCAAGAAUUGGUUUCGUAACAGAAGGCUCUAAUGGUGUGCUUUUAUUUAAAUAACUUUUAAUCUUUUAGAAAACGCUUGCUCUUUUCAACAGUUUUAAACUUACAACUUUGCCCAACGAAAGUUUAUUUUCUUAUAUAUUAAUUAAAGUUAAUUACGUGAUACUUAACAUUAAAAAAUAUAAAUAAUUUUCUACAAGUAUAAAUCACACAUUAAAAAAAAUGCCCAGAAAGCUGCUGAAGUUUUUAAUAGUAUUCGACAAUACGUCGCUCCUCUAUUUCCCGGGUCAGUUUUUGUCCGGGAAAGUUCUAAUGGAGCUGCAGGAUGAUACGCCAGUGCUUGGUCUCCACUUCCAUGUGAUAGGAGAGGGAGUAGUGAGAGUGGGCUCCGGGAGACAUGAGAGGCUGUUUGACAAAGAGAACUACAUUGAUUUCAGGAUGCGCCUCCUUGGUGAACCAGGUCAUGCAGCAUCCAUUUUAUCACCUGGCAUACACAGCUUUCCAUUCAAGUUAGGUUUGCCGAUGGGCCUCCCGUCUACCUUCCUCGGCACACACGGCUGGGUGCAGUAUUACUGCAAGGCGGCACUGAGAGAACCCAAUGGAUUGACUCAUAAGAACCAACAAGUCUUUAUUGUUAUGAACCCCAUUGACUUAAAUUUGGAACCUCCAGUUUUAGCUCAAGAGUUCGAGCUGAGUGUGGAGCACAAGCUGGGCGUGGGCUGCGUAGGCGGCGGCACCGUGAGCUGCCGCGUGGCGCUGGACCGCGGCGCGUACGUGCCCGGGCAGAGCAUCGCGCUGUCCGCGCUCGUGGACAACCGCUCCCGCACGCACAUCCGCGCCACCCGCGCCGCACUCACAGAGACAAUCCAAUACAGCGCGCACGGGAAGGUCGCUGCCACGGAACGCCGCGAGCUGGCGCAACUGGCGCGGGGCAAGCUGCGCGCGGGCGAGGCGCAGCGCUGGCGCGCCGAGCUGUUGUACGUGCCGCCGCUGCCGCCCACCAAUCUACGCGGCUGCCACCUCAUAUCCGUGCAAUAUGACGUAUUUUUCAUCAUCGAACCGAAGAGCUUGGAGAAGGAAGUGAAGCUGCAGCUGCCGAUCUUGCUGGGCACGUACCCGUUCCGCGACGGCGACGCGGAGGCUCACCCGCCCACGCACUACCCCACCACGCUGCCCAUCUUCCGGCCCUGGCUGCACGACAAGCAGAAAGAGUGACGUUACUACUGGCUUCACAAACUACUGGCGUCUGCCGCCUACUAAAGAUUACAUAUUCCGUGACUAUUGCCAAGUUGUUGGCCUAUCGAUUAAAUUAAAAAGAAAAACGGGCCAAGUGCAAGUCAGACUCGCGCACCAAGGGUUCCAUACUCAGGUAUUUUUUC